UCAGUAGUUGGUCAUAACUGUGGGACUAUUAAUACCUUUAGUCUUCCCGCACUUAAUCCAAAUAUUUCUUAGACUUUUCAUUUUGCCUUGAUUACACGAUUCUGAUUUGAAUAUACUGUAUCUCGUCUAAGCAACUUUGAUUCAUCUGCUACUCACUUACUAUCAUAAUGUCGUUGACUACUGCCCAAUAUGAAGCGCUAGCAGACCAAAUCGAGCUGAUCCUACAGACUCCUGGGGCAGCCAGCCAGGUUAAGGAUGAAAAAGUUCGUUGUCGCCUAGCUGAGGGUGGACGCAAGCUUGGCAUCUCUUUUGAAGAGCCUGGUGACACCCUGCGUAGGUUUGGCUACAUGCACUUUCAACUUCCACUUGUCUGCAUCGGUGUCGAGUCAGGUGUCUUUAAGGCUCUGACAACCGAACCUGAGAGGACAUUCACCAACGUUGAACUGGCGGAAAAGACUGGCGUAAACUCCAAACUAUUGAAGAGGCUGCUGAGAUAUUAUCAGUCUCUCAGCAUGAUUGCUCAGCUUGAGGAUGAUGGUUACAAAGCCAAUAACGUAUCUCAGGUCCUGGGCAUUCACGAUUAUGGUAGUACAAUUCGGUUUUUCCAACGAGUCAUUGCGCCGGCAUCAAUAAUGCUGCCUGACUUUCUCAAGCAGCAUGGUUACGGCGAUCCUACAGGGGUUUCGCCGAAUUCCUGGAAUAUCGGUCAGAACACCGACCUACACCCUUUUGCAUGGACUGGCCAAACCCCUUGGGCGAUGGAGCUCUUCCUCCCGUACAUGAACAUCCAAAGGGAGGGGCGGCCAGCUUUCUUCGACGUCCUAGACUUCGCGACGAAGUUUGCGCAGGGCGCCACCGGCGAAACUCCCUUGUUCAUUGAUGUUGGCGGGUCUAUGGGCGCGCAGUGCGUUGAGUUCAGGAAGCGAUAUCCUAACCUCACCGGACGCGUUAUUCUUCAAGACCUGCCGACUGUCAUAGAGCAAGUCAAAUCGAAACCUCUGUCUGGGUCUGAGAGAAUCGAGACACAGCCUUACGACUUUUUCACACCGGAACCCAUUAAAGGAGCACGGGCCUAUUACUUGCGGAAUGUCCUGCAUGACUGGCCAGAUGCCAAGUGUGUCGAGAUUUUGGGCAACGUUAAGGCGGGCAUGACGGAGCAGUCAGUGAUUCUUAUUGAUGAGACUGUUCUGUCCGAAAACGGGGCUCCGUGGAGGGCUACGCAGCAUGAUAUGGAAAUGAUGACCAUCUUCGGUGCACAGGAACGCACCCUGGCAGAAUGGACAAGCCUUUUCGAGGAGGCCGGACUGAAUAUCAGGGAGGUCGUGAGGUAUUCUGAGGAAUAUGAGGACAGCUUACUCAUUCUAGAGCUCAAGUAAGCUACGGCCCCUUAUAGGGAUGACUGGAUGUGUCAUGUGCCCGUCUAUGUGAGCCGCGUUAUAGAUCCCGAACUUAGAAAAAGAGUUCGGUGUUCCUCCAGACCGGGAUUUUAGUAUAGCGAUGUAUCAGACAUUCCGACGUUCUUUUUGCCGAUAUCUGGUUUAUUUUCUCCCCCACUUCCACGGGCUUUUCGAAAAUACGUACAUGUAGCGUACACCUCGCUUCGAAAGCCACCUCCUUAGCCAGCCCAACAGCACAGGCCAGGCGGCCGUUCGGUACAUAUUGUGGCUGGUGUUGUGAUUAAACAGCUAUGGCUGGAGAGUUAUCUCUUAGAGACCCAAACUAGGGUCCAGGACUAGCGCUAUGCAGG